UCCCCAUGAAUCAUCUAUCAGUUAUGUCCUUGUAAAGCUCACCGUAAGAACACUUCAGAAUCAUCAUGACCGUUACUAUUCGUGAAGCCCAGGAAUCUGACGCAGAUGCCGUUUCCAGAAUUUGUCUACUCACUGCCAAAGGAGGUCAAUCUGCGGACGAUCUCCACGAUUUCAAAGAACUUCCAGGCCUGACUUACGCCGUCCCCUACGUCAAACUUCCCACCACUCUCGGCUUCGUAUUGAUCGACGAUAAGAACUCUGGAUCCGGAGAAGGAGACGUCGUCGGGUACACACUAGCCUCUAGAAACUCUCGGGAAUUCGACCGCUACGCGGCGGAACACUGGUGGCCCAUCCUGGCUGAGAAAUACCCCCCUUCAUUGGCCCAGAAACCGGCCGACAAAGAGUUCAUGGAGCUUUUCCGUAAUAUGCACGGGAAAUCGGAAGCAAGGGUGUCUUUCGGUGCUGCAAAUAUGCAUAUAAAUCUACUCGAGCCCUAUCAGCGGCAAGGGUGGGGCAGCAAACUCGUUGGUAGAAUGGUAGAAGCUUUGCGUAAAGAGGAUCCGGAUGGUGGUGUUACACUCGGAAUGGACCCAAGGAAUCUAGCGGUGAGGAGAUUCUAUGAGAAAUUCGGGUUCGAGUCGUUUGAAGGCGGAAAAUUCAAUGAGUUGGGAUUGAAGUUUUCCAAGGCAAAGAACUUGGCUAUUUAAUAUGAGUCUGAAGCACAUCAAUAGUUGUAGAACAUCGAGGCUCAAUAUAGUAUUCCAGUCCCCACCUCCAUGAGACUCCAUGGCGAAGAUUCAAAGUGCUGUAAAGCAGUUGUCCCCAAUCGGAAGGCUACCAUACAGUAAAUCUCCACAAACGAGAUACGAUUCCGAGUCCGUUCACACAUAAUCCCCCUCGCAGACUCCAGGAUCGGUUGCUCACAAGCGCAUCAGGAUUGUAUUCGACUCGAACCAGUCACUGGUGCUGAGAUGUGAUGUGCGGAAUCACUUUGCUUUGCUGAGACCCCUGAGCGCCAGUUUUCAAAGUGUAACAUCAAUUAUCUUUCAUUCCCGGGAGAGGGACCCUAUACCGACGAAAUUUAUCAUUUCCAGGCAGGUCAUCUCACAUACUUACAUCUCACCACCGAUAGCCUCGGUCAACAGUCAUU